GGAGUUUAAUUACGUGUCCUGGAAUUGGCGGCGAUUUGCAGUAACUUUAGUAUUUGAAUGCAUGCUUACAAAGGGGAAAAAGUGUCUUUAGAGGGGUUAGUGGAGAGUGAGGUGAAUGUGCCGUUUUGAAUCCAAAGGCCAGAAAGCGCUCCCUCCGUCAUCCCCAACAAGCGUAGUCCGCGGGCCGGGCGGCCGCCUCUGGACAACCCGGAGAUAACAUGGCGGCCCCCGGAGCCCGGAGCUGCAGCCUGUCGGGCCUGCUCCCGGCUCAGACUUCGCUGGAGUACGCCCUGCUCGACGCCGUCACCCAGGAGGAAAAGGACAGCCUGGUCUACCAGUAUCUGCAGAAGGUGGACGGCUGGGAGCAGGACUUGUCAGUGCCCGAGUUUCCGGAAGGAUUAGAAUGGCUGAACACAGAAGGGCCGAUUUCUGUCUACAAGGAUCUAUGCGGAAAAGUGGUUGUCCUUGAUUUCUUCACCUAUUGCUGCAUAAACUGUAUUCACCUGUUGCCUGAUCUCCAUGCCUUAGAACACACCUACUCUGAUAAAGAUGGUCUUCUGAUUGUUGGUGUUCACUCAGCUAAGUUUCCAAAUGAGAAAGUCCUGGAUAACAUUAGGAGUGCUGUUCUUCGAUAUGACAUCACCCACCCUGUGGUUAAUGAUGCAGAUGCCAGCCUUUGGCAAGAGCUGGAGGUUUCCUGCUGGCCCACUCUGGUCAUACUUGGACCCCGUGGAAACAUGUUGUUUUCUUUGAUUGGAGAGGGACACAAAGAUAAAUUAUUUUUGUAUACUUCAAUAGCUUUAAAGUAUUACAAAGACAGAGGACAGAUCAGAGAUAAUAAAAUUGGAAUAAAACUCUAUAAAGAUACUUUGCCACCUUCACAACUGCUGUUUCCUGGCAAAGUAACAGUAGACCAUGUUUCUAAGAGAUUGGUAAUAGCAGACACUGGACAUCAUAGAAUUUUGGUCGUCUGGAAGAAUGGACAAAUUCAGUACAGCAUUGGAGGACCCAAUCCUGGAAGAAGAGAUGGAAUAUUUUCAGAGUCAACUUUUAAUUCACCACAGGGUGUAGCCAUAAUGAACAAUAUCAUAUAUGUGGCUGAUACUGAAAACCACCUUAUAAGAAAGAUUGACCUAGAAGCUGAGAUGGUGAGCACCGUAGCUGGCAUUGGGAUUCAAGGAACAGAUAAAGAAGGUGGAGCUAAAGGAGAGGAACAACCCAUUAGUUCCCCAUGGGAUGUAGUAUUGGGGUCAUCAGAUUUAGAGGCGCAAAGAGAUGACAUCCUCUGGAUAGCCAUGGCGGGGACUCAUCAGAUAUGGGCGCUUCUGCUGGACUGCAGCCGACUCCUAAAGAAAAAUGAGUUAAAAAAAGGAACCUGCCUCCGGUUCGCUGGAAGCGGAAAUGAAGAGAAUCGAAAUAAUGCGUAUCCGCACAAGGCGGGCUUCGCCCAGCCUUCCGGGCUCGCUCUGGCCUCCGAGGGCCCCUGGGGCUGCCUGUUUGUAGCCGACAGUGAGAGCAGUGCCGUGAGGACCGUCUCGCUGACCGACGGGGCUGUGAAGCACCUUGUCGGGGGAGAAAGGGACCCCACGAAUUUAUUUGCUUUCGGUGACAUUGAUGGAGUAGGAAUCAGUGCAAAGCUUCAGCACCCACUUGGAGUAACGUGGGACAAGAAAAGGAAUUUACUUUAUGUGGCAGACUCUUAUAAUCACAAGAUUAAAGUUGUGGAUCCAAAAACAAAAAACUGUGUAACAUUAGCAGGAACUGGAGAUGCAAGUAAUGUCAGUUCCAGUUUUACUGAGUCAACUUUUAAUGAACCAGGAGGCUUGUGUAUUGGAGAGAAUGGCCAGUUAUUAUAUGUAGCAGACACGAAUAAUCAUCAAAUUAAAGUGAUGGAUUUAGAAACAAAAACAAUUUCUGUGCUCCCGGUCUUCAGAGAUGGAAAUGCUGUCGUAGAUGGCCCAUCCCCGGCAGAAAACCAGAAGACAGUGCCCAAACUACCCAGAUCAGCUCCAAGCAUCAGACUUGCCCCAGUGGCUGCCUCUCCAGGUCAGACUCUUCAGUUCAAGCUCAGGUUGGACCUCCCUCCAGGAACAAAGCUAACUGAAGGAGCACCCAGUUGCUGGUUUCUGACAGCUGAAGGUGACCUAAAUCUCUGAAGUAAGGAAAUGCACAGAUCAUGACUUUGAAUUUGUAACCUGCUAAAGCUAUCGAAAGAGGUAUAAAUGUUAAGAAUUCUGUUUAAAAUCAUAUGUAAUUACCUCAUAAAUCUUUCCUCUCCAAGAAAAAUGUUUUGUAAUAAAAGGGUGUAUAACAUUAAUAUUCUCUUACGUAGAAGAGGCCAUAGUCAUUUUUUAAUAUCAUUUGAUUAUUAUACUACUCAUUUCCAGUUGGAUAGGCCGAGAAUCUUUUGGUUUUAUCUUUUUCUAUUUAAGGACAUAAACAGUUUCACUCUCUAAAGGAGUUUAUAAAAUUUUAUCUUGCUAAUUGAAGUAUAUCUGAUAAUUAAUUUUUCAAUAUUGCACACAUAUGGUGAGCAUUUUUAUGUACACUAAAAAUCCAAAAAUAUUUCUUAGAAUCUAUUAAUGUUUCAUUUGUCUAGACAGUGUUUCAUUUUGACUUUCAAAAUAUAGUUUUAAUGAACAUUCUUAAUCUUACCCAUCCACCAGUCUGCAUUAUUUUUUACAGUCAAAAUAUUUAUAUAAUUAGUAUAACUUUUUGUAAAUUAUACUAAAGCAAUAUAAAUAGGUUCAUAGAAUUUAUGACUAACACAUCUGUCACAUAAGAGGAAGUACAAGAAAGAUUACUUCAAAAAAUUUCUUGAUCCUUGUCUGCCUUCUGUUUUCUGUAGGAACUUCUGUAUUUUUAACUUUUGCUAUUUUUUCAUGCAUAAAUAAUGAUAUCCAAUGACAGUAGUAUAAGUCACCUAAUCAAAGUGCCAGGAGUGUGGCAUUACAAACACUUUGAUGUAAUACCUGGAAUCCUUGCCCUAAAUUAUCCUACUGGUUUGUCACUAUUUUUUCUACCACUCUCUGAUACCAUUUCACUUUUUUCCCCCUACAUUUAUGCUCUGGAUUGAUAGGAUCCCUGAAACGAAUUUUAUUUAUCUUGAAUAUGCUGUCUCAAGCAAAUAUUUAACAACUAUGCACAAGGGAAUACUUUACAGUUUAGUCACCCAUAAGUGUCACUUUGGCAAAGUUCAGUGACUAAAAAAUAAAACCAAUUUUCUCCCUAAUGGGUCUAAUAAUAUAUUUGUUAUCAGGCCUGUAGAAAGCUGUAAAUCUUACAGCUAAAAAAGGGGUUUAAUAUGUGUGAGUGAGUGCAUGUAUAUACAUAAACAGAUACAAAGAUAAACUCAGGAAUUUCUCACCUAAGUUUCUCUUAUGGCCAAUAUGUUUUUUGAGCUAACACCACUGAAAUAAGUUACUCUCUGCUUGUUUCUCUAUAGUUGAAAAAUUGGGGAAGAUAUUUAUAAUACUUUGUAACAUAAUUUUCUGCUUGCACAAAAUUUACUAUUAGCUUGUAUCUGCCAAUUAAAACAAGUUCAGUGUAGCCAUCGUAUUCAGCAUCAUGUUUAAGGACAAUCAUCAAAAAUCAACUAAAUUCCAUCAUUCACAAUUACAUAAAAAUAUAUACAGACAGAGUAUGUCAACAUUGGUUCUCCUGAAUGGUGGAAUUAUGAAUAUUUUUAUUUUAACUAUUUUCCUGUAUUUUUUCAAUGAGCAAUGUGUUAUUUAAAAAAAAUAAAACAACAGGAAAUGUUCUUUAACAAUUUUAAAUGAGCUGAAUAAUAAGCACUUACCAUAUGAUACCUUUUCUAAAGCUACUUUUAUUACCAAAGAUGACAACAUAGUUUUAGGUCUCUUAGAUCUACCAGAUUACAUAUGUGCUUUGGUGAAGACAGGAAUGUUUAUGGCUGCUGCUGCUUCUGGUGUUUUUAUUGUGUAGUGGAAUGUAGAGGUUAAGAGUGGGACUUUGCGGUCAUUGGAUUUCUAACUGGUUAUUUAAAUGGGGCCACUCUCCCUGCCUCCUGGGGUUGCUGUAAAGAUUCAAUGAAAUAGUGUUUGUGAAGCAUUUAGUAAUUAAUGAGAAUGCUAAUUAUUGGCUUAGUUAAUAAUAAUUUAUGACCAUAUACACAUGGCUUGACGUCUCUUCAACCACAAGUUCUAAAAGAAACUUUCUUAAGUUGGUUUUCAAGACAAAACCAACAAUUUGAUGUUAAAUUCUCCACAGAGUUGGGACUCAAGGAAAGAAAUAGUUUUAUAAUAAAGGAUAUUACUAUUUUAUAAGUGAUAUAAUAGUUAUAAAGAAGCAUACUUGCAGUUUUAUUUUUUAAAAAUUUUAAAGACCUUCUGCCACGACGAGUAAUAAACUUCCUUUGAGAGGGCCCCGGCAUACUCACCCCAGACCACACUCUCCUAACGUACUCUGACGGUGCUCUACAGAAUCUUCAAGGUACUUCUAUGCAUUUUGCCUCGAUUGAGCUUCAGGGUAACCUGCUGAAUCAGACAAGCAGAUGUUAGGGCCAUUUUGCAGAACCGGAAACAGCUUUGGAAUUUCGGUGACAUGUCAGGAUCAGAGCUCCCAGGAUAAUGCCUGAUGCUGCAGCCCUGUCCAGCGUGAGCAUUUGUUCAGCCAGUGCUGUUGAAUAACUGAAGGGUAGUGAGGGAUGGAUCAUUUCUUUGAACAUAGGUCUCCUAAGUCCUUGGCACUUCUAGAAGAGUGAAAACAAACUGAGAAAUUAAGAGUACUCAUUUCCUUUUAUGAAUGCUUUCUUAAGCCUUUGCAGUAUUUAAAUAAAGCAGUAAGGAUAAUAGCUAAGUUUAUUGGGUGAUUACUAUGUGCCUGGCACUUUUCUAAGUGCUUUAUAUGUAUUUACUCCUUUAACUUUCACAACUACCUUAUGAGGGGGAAGCACUAUUUUUUAUUUCACUGCUGAGGAAACUGAGAAACAAGUCAUAAGCAGUUACCCAAGCCUAACAGAUCCACAUUUAGGGAGGGCCUGAGCCCGCGGAGUCUGCUCAUCUACCAUGUCUCUCAAAGUAGUUUUCCUAAAAACCCAUCUUUCGUAGUUAUAUAUAAUAACUAAAGAACCCAAAAAGUCCUGGUGAUUAUUGGUUUUAAAAUUUAAAUCCAUUUAAUUAGAUUAGCUUUUUGGAUUUUUCAUUAUACACUCUUUCAGGGUUUGGGACAGUUUGUAAUUGCUGUUUCCCAGAAGAUUUUCUGUACCAUUCUUUCUCAAAUUCCUAUGUUAUCCAGAGUUUUUCUUGGUAGAUGGAUGUAUUAAUGAAUUAAAUAACUUUUCAGGAUUUGUUCCAAGAAUGCUAUUUUAAUUGGUCUUCAAAAGGCAAUCAUAAGACCUUAUAAAGUUUAACUGUGUUCUUAGCACUAAACUGUCUCAAAUGCCACAAACUCAUUUAUAUGUAAGAAAAUUUUGUUUUAAUAAGGAAAGUGAUCUCUAGAAACACAGUAUUUGGCCAGUCCAUUAACACACAUAAAGGCUCAACAGUGACCUAAAUAUAGGGUCCGGCAGAAGUAACACCUGCUUGAGUGUGGUUGGCAGGGUAAUAAAUAUGGGCAUAAUAAUUUAUAGUUCUAAUUUGAACAUUUCACCUAAAAUGUUAUAUGGUGUGCUUGAGUGUGGCAUUGUUACAGAAUUACCUGCCUAUGAUUUUGUAGUAAAAGAUUCUGUAAAUAAUAAAGAGGGGCGUUAUUUGUGCCAGACCCUGUACGUGCAAUUCUGUAACAGUAAAGUUUUCCCCAGGUCAACCUAUCAUUCCAAAUUUAGCUACUAUUGGAAGGAAUGAAACAAAAUGCUGUGUACCACUGGAUUAUAAUUUGUGAUCAUCAAGGUACAAAAAUAGAAACAUCUUUUCAUUCUUAGUUUUCUAAUUUAAAUUAAGUAUUACUAAAAUUUGUUAAUUUUGUUAUAAAAUCUCUUUUCUGAAAUGCAUAAGGACUUGCAUAUUAACUUAAAAGAGUAGUGAUAAUAUACUUUAGAAGUAGCAUUCACGUAAGGGCAUUUAUGUAAGUAAAGAAUUCACAUUCACCACAAGUCACUAUUUGGUCCUGAAUAAUUAAAUUUUUUUUCCCAUCUCCUUGCAAUAGGGUAACAUAAACAGUGGUGUUACAAGGUAGAAAGGCUCGGCUCAUCUGCCGCAGGUGCUCAUCUGCCGCAGGUACUUCCUGCGCAGCAAGCUCGGCCCUUUCACUACGGGGGCUGCGGGACAGACUGGUGCAGCUGGCUCUCCGCGGGUGUGGCCGCAGAGAGCCCUGGGACAGGCGGGAGGCAGCGCUCGGCAGCCCCACCGACUGCACCCCUUCCCUUGCUGAUUUACUUUAAUUAUCUCCAAGGUUAGAGUUGGAAAGUGAAAACCCUAGAUACCUGUUGCGGAAUGUUUGCUAGUUAAAGUUACUCAUUGCUUGGUGUGUCCCUCUUUGCUGGCACGUUGCUCUCAAGUGUAUGACCAAAGGAUGUUUCAUUCCAUUGAAAGCUCCACAACCAAAAAAAAAAAACCACCAAACCAAAAAAAGAAUCACAAGCAUUUCCAAAUACACUUCCUGGCCUGUGCCAGCAACCACACACUGCAAAGCCCAGCACAAGCACCAUGGAGCGUAGAACCUUGGAGUCAGAGCAUUGUAUAACUGAGGGUGUGGCAGGCAUUCCUUCCUCUGAGCGGUGACUUACAGACCUGGUGGUUUUCAGUAAUACAGAGUUAAGCAAAAUUGUCAGAUUUUUUUUUUUAAUGUGGAAAUUCUGAAACUGGGUUAGAUGGGCAAACAGAAAAUACUACAUUUGCUCAAUGCAUAUCAUUACAUAUUUACAUUCAAAAUACAGGAAGAUGAGGCCUCAUAAUACUAAGAAAUAGAGAAAAAAAAUUAGGUCUCUCGUUUAAGUAUGCCCAGGUUAAACAGUAUUUUUAUGAUUCUUACAUGUGCUAUGCUCAUGAAAAAUGUUAAGGUACAUAGGAUAAAACCUUAGUUGAUAAAUUAUGGUAAUGGAGAGUAAAAAUAGAAUGUUCUUUUUCUGAAAAUGUAGGACUCUACCAUGGAGCUAUCUGCUAUUUUUAGAAUUUGUAAUCAUUAUUUUUAGUCUCAACAGAAAUUUAUUCAUUCUGUGAGAGUUUUGUACAUUGUGUUCAUUACAGUAUCCAAAAUUGCUAACAAGUGUUGGUUUGUAUAGAGUCAGAAUGUUUUGUUCAUGCAUGCCUCUGAUAUUUAUCAUCCAGGUUUACCUGUAAAAAAAAUACACUACCACUCUCUCUCCAUACCUUAGGCUUCCUCUCUUUAAAAACAAUGUAGUUUCUGUAGAGGCUUUGCUGAGGAACUUUCGUUGCUCAAAUACCAGAUAUAGAACAGUGAUUUUGUUGUGGUAAAUUUUCUUUUCUAGAAUUCCUAAUAUGUCAGUUUUCAAAGGAAAAGUACCCUAUGUGAUUUUGAAAUUAAUUUCUCUCUGUUUUGAGGCAUACCUUCCUAAUUAUAUUUUAGGUAGGUUAAUACAAAAAAAUUUUAAAUUACCACUAUAUUAGCCCACUGUUAUGGCACUGUUAGGCCCAUUGAGAGCUAGCUUAGAAAUAUUUUAGUUGUUUGUCAUUAGAUGUUUAUCAUUAUUUUACAUGUGGAUUAUGGACAAAUCAAAGUUUUUUUGUGUGACACAUAUAUAUAUAAUUUCAAAUUGUAACAAUUCAUAAAUUUGUCAAAUUUUAAAUUUUGUGUUGAUAAAGUUGUGGUUUUAUGUCUGAGACUAGAGUUGGUCUGCUGUGCUGACUUCAUGCCUAUCAUUCCAAAGGUUUGAUUAUAUUUUUCUCCAAAUAUGAAAAAAAUGCAAUGAAAAUCAAAUAUACAAGGAUAUAUAUUGAUGUUUCUAGACAUGGUCUAGCUCUUCAAAAAUUGAUUGGAUUUGCAUUUCUAAGCAUUUCCUGUAGACAGAUUAAUAUAUUUUUAUACAACACUGUAUUUCUAAAUUUAUUUCUGGACUAUUCUCAGUGACUUUCUCAAUACACGUGUUAACAGAAGACUGUUUGGAAUGAGUGCACAGUGGCCCUCGUUACUGAAUCAGAGGAAGUGUAAGACGUGUGAUGAUAGAAAGCAAGAAUGUGCUCAUACUGUACACAAACCUAAUAACUCUUUUCUAAAGCUUUGUACAUUUUUUCAUGAAACAUUAAAUAUUUUCU